UUAUUUUGUGAUUAUCUCUUCUUUCACAUUUUUAUAUAUUUUCUCACUUAACUCAAAACCAACAACAACAACAACAAACACUUAAAAAAUCAAAAAUUAGUAGUAAAAGGAUUUGUUUAUUAACUCUACUUAUUAUCAUCUGGUGCUUUGAUCUUUCUUACUCAAUGGAUUCAGGGGGAAGAAGAAGGGUACAUAGUAGUAGAAGGGUUCCUUCAAUGGGAGUAGAAGGGGAUGAAGAGUUUCAAGAAGAAGAUGUGUGGUCAGUUCUGAGAGAAGGAGAAACUUCAGGUCUUGAAAUGAAAAUACCCAAAAGUCAUUUCUCUUCCUCAUCUUCUUCUUCAUCUUCACCGUGGAAGAUUCAUAGAAGCAAGGACGUCUCAGGGGUGAAACAGUCAUCGGCACCUAUGAAUGUCCCUGAUUGGUCCAAGGUUUAUGGUGGUGACUCAAAGAGCAGCAGGAGGAGUAGUCAUUUGUGUUUUCAUGGUGACGACGAAGAUGGUGAUGAAGAUGAUGAUGGUUGCAUGGUUCCUCCACAUGAAUGGGUUGCAAGAAAGCUAGCAAGAACACAGAUCUCUUCUUUCUCUAUGUGUGAAGGAGUUGGAAGAACACUUAAAGGAAGAGAUCUAAGCAAAGUGAGAAACGCUGUCUUGUCAAAAACUGGUUUCUUGGAGUAAGUAGGAUAUAAUAUCUCAUCAUCAUCAUCAUCAUCAUCAUCAUCCAUGUGCAUGGAGGAGCAUGAAUCCCAUAACUCUUGUUUAACAUUAUCAUCAACAUGAAAAACUCAACUUUAUGGUAUCCACAUCAUCAUCAUUAUCAAUGUCAUUGUCGUCAUCAUCAUGUGGGGAUCACUAUACCAAGAGUCUUUUGUUUAAUUUUUUUUCUUUAUUAUCGUUAUUAUUAAUAUUUCAAUGUGUUAUUUAGAGUAGAUAAGUAUCAUAGUGAUGAUGAUGAUGACUUGUCAGCCCCAUGCAUGGGUCCCGUUUUAUUUUUCUUCUGUUGGUUUUUUUUUGGUUUCUAUUUGAAGCUUUAACUAGAACCUCUUUGAGUUCUUCACCAUGUUUGGUGAAAGUUUUUGUCCUUUGCUAUCGAUGUUAUAUAUAUAAACUUUGGUGAA